AUGGAAGGAGAUAGCAGCGCCGCCGAUCUCCAUUCGAACGGACCAAAACAUUUUUGCUACCGUGGACAUGCUGGCCUCGCGAGCUGGCCACAACGAAUUUACACUUUAAAUCGGGCAGAAGUACAUCGAGCUCCACGAGCGCUCCACGAGCGCUGGUUCGCCGGCAAGAAGGACCUGCGCGUGCUGCAGCUCGGACAGUGGAGGGAGUUCAGCACCGCCCAGCAGAUCGCCAGCCCCAUGGACAGCCACAUCGAGGUCAGCGGCGUGGAGCGGUUCCGCGACAUGGAGAGCUGCAAGAACCUCAGGCACGUCAGCUUCCGGGGCAUCUCAAGGAUCGAGUCCCUGCCCAGCUCCAUCGGCAAGCUGCGCCAGCUCCAGGUGCUGGAUCUCCGGGCCUGCCAUAACCUCGAAGAGCUGGGCCAGGGCAUCACAAAGCUCGAUCGGCUGGAGUAUCUUGACCUGUCCGAGUGCCACCUGCUCGUCGGCAUGCCGAAAGGGCUCGGGCAGCUCACCCGGCUCCAGAUUCUCAAGGGGUUUGUGGUUGCCAACUCCAACAGCAGAGAUUUCUGCCAUCUGAAUGAGCUCACGAAGCUGGAGAAGCUCAGGAAGCUCGGUAUCGUGAUCGGAAAAAUGGCGAUGCCGAUGGAGGACGAGUUCCUGAAAUUGGGAGAGUUCAAGUCACUCGAGUCGUUGAGAAUCAGCUGGGGUGUGCUCAGCUCUGCCAAGAACGGCGUCACCGCUGCAGCAUCUCCCCGUCACUCGGUGGCGACGAUGAAGUAUGCCCUUCCUCCAAACCUUAAGAAGCUAGACCUCCAUUGUUUCCCGUUCGCCGACUUUGCGCGAUGGGUUCGGCCGACGGGCGUGAGGAAGCUCUACAUCAGGGGUGGAAAGCUGGCGACGUUCGGAGAGGACGAAGAGGAAUGGGGGGCAGAGGUUCUGCGGCUGAGAUUUCUCAGCGAUCUUCACUGUGAUCAUGGUAGGCUUCGGCGUUUGUUCAGGAAUCUCAAACUUGAAAAUACUGAAAUCCAUGAAUGCCCAAACUUCAUACGUGGAGGCAUGGACCUUGGUAAAGAUGAUGCAGGAGAAUCUGCUGAAACUCACGGCGAAGAAACGGACGCAUGCAAUGAAAUUGCCGUUUAG